AGUAAUGAAUUCUCCCUAAUUAGUGGAACAAGGGGGGUAACUCUAAACAAAGACUAUUUAGGACGCCAUGUUUGAAGGGGAAUAGACAACACAAUCUAAGGGAACAACAUGUACGGUUGGCAGCAAAUGCACGGGGCAAUGCCUGGUCAACAGAUGCAAUUCUACGGCCAAGGUAACAUUGACCAACAACAACAAAUGUACCAAUGGUACUAUCAACAGCAAGCGAUGCAGCAACAAUGGCCCGGCCAGGCCAUGCCGAUGGGAGUCCCAGCAAAUCAGCCACAGCCUCCUGCCGGACCAGCCCCUCCAUUGCCUACAGACCCUCCUCCUCCAACACCCGAGGAGAAGGAACCAGAGAAAACGGAUACUAAAUCAAAAGAUGCCCCUCCCCUGCCAGUAAACCCGGCCCCACCAGUGGAUGAGAAGCCACCCCUACCCCCAGAGCCACCACCCGAAGAUGGAAAUAAAACAAAACAGGCUAAAGAUGCCAUCGGAAAAACUGAAGAGGAACAAAAACUAACUGCUCUACAGCAACAAGCAGCAAAUUGGCAGCAGCAGCAACAACAACAACAGCAGCAGCAACAACAACAGCAGCAACAACAACAACCACACCAACAACAACAAACACACCAACAACAACCACAGCAGCAUUGGUCCCAGGCACAGAGUGGGUGGUCACAGCAGAAACAGUGGGGAGACAAUUUCCAAGAUAAGGCUGCAGCACAAACCACCCCCAUGGUACCACCCUCAGCCCCUGUCAGCCCAGCUAUGGAAGCUAUUAGGCAGGAGGAGCGUGACUUUGAUUUACAGUACAAACAGUGGAAACAACAGUAUGAUGACUGGAAGGCACAGAAUCAAAACCAUCCGAACAAGGAACAGUUCCUACAGUACGAAGCAACAUGGCGACAGUACGAACAACAGAUGGAAGGGAAACGUUUAGAAAUCGCCGCCAGGAAAGCAGAAGUUUUAAAACAGGAGGAAAUCAAGACAGAUUUACCAAAACAGGAGGGGCCAAAUACUACAGAUAGCAGUACACCAAACCAACCAGAAAAUAACAAUCAGCCGAGUAAUUUUGGUUCUAAUCAACAAAAUUUUGGUUCUAGUCAGCAAGGAAAUUUUGGUGCUAAUCAGCAGGGAAAUUUUGGUCCAAAUCAGCAAGGAAAUUUUGGUGCUAAUCAGCAGGGCAACUUUGGCUCAAACCAACGUGGGGGCUUUGGUCCGAACCAGAGAGGAAAUUUUGGUCCCAAUCAGCGAGGGAACUUUGGUCCAAACCAACGUGGGGGCUUUGGUCUGAAUCAACGGGGGAAUUUUGGUCCAAACCAGCGAGGAAACUUAGGUCCAAAUCAGCGUGGGAACUUUGGUCCAAACCAGCGAGGAGGCUUUGGGCAAAACCAGCGAGGAGGCUUUGGGCAAAACCAAGGACAGUUUGGUCAGAAUCAGCAAGGUAACUUUGGGUCAAACCAGGAGGACAAUUUUGAACAAAUGCAAGGAAAUUUUGGUCAAAAUCAACAAAGGAACUUUGGUAAAGGUUUUGGUCCUCAAGGGAAAUUUGGUCAGGGACCAAACCAGCAGCAAAAUGCUGAUCAGAAUAAUGACAAACAGGAUUAUGAUGAUGACCAACAGGAAGGCUUUCAUUCCAGUGAAUCUGGUAGCCAAGGGAAAUUUGGUCAUAACCAAUCUGGAAACUUUGGGCCAAAUAAUCAACAGGGAAAUUUUCAACAAAACCGAGACAAUUUUGGUAAAGACAACCGAGGUGAUUUCAGUAGUGGACAGGGUGAAGAGCAGGACAACUUUGGCUCACAAGACAAAGAACAAUUUGAUUCUGGAGAUAAUUUCAAUUCCAAUAAAAAUUUCGGAUCCUACCAGAACAUGAAGUUUGGUCCCUCAAGAGUGAUGGAUAGGAUUGGAGGUUUAAACACAGGUCAGAGGUUUCCUGGACCUGGCUCUGGACCAAGGCCCGGAAUGUUUAGAGGUCAGAAUACUCAAGGUCAUCGCAUGCAAGGUCAAGGUCGAGGGUCAAUGAUGCAAGGAAUGCAGUCUAACGAUGGUGAUGAUGACAUGGAUCUGGAUACUCCAGAACAAGAUGAUAAUCAGGACAAUUUUGAAGGAGACAUUGACAAUGAAUCAGAAUCUUACAUGCUUGGCAAUCAAGGUCAUUUUGGAGGUAGGGGUCAAAUGGGUGGUAGAGGUCAAAUGGGAGGUAGGGGUCAAAUGGGAGGUAGGGGUCAAAUGGGUGGUCGGGGUCAAAUGGGUGGUCAGGGUCAAAUGGGCAGUAGGGGUCAAAUGGGAGGUCGGGGUCAAAUGGGCGGUAGGGGUCAAAUGGGUGGUCGAGGUCAAAUGGGAGGUCGGGGUCAAAUGGGUGGACAAAGUAACGUUGGUAUGCGAGGACAAGGUUUACUGGGUCCAAGACCAUUUGGCCAAAAUACAGAUAAUCAGCAGAGUGAGGGAAAUAAUAAUCAAGGAAGAGGCAGAGGAAACCAAAGAGGGAUGUCUCAAGGUCAAUGGGGACCUGGAGGAAGGGGUCAACGAUUUGAUGGCCCUCAAGGUCAAAUUAAUGAGUCUACAGGAGGACGAGGCUUUAUGCGAGGACAAGGUCCAAGGCAGGCAUUUGGUGGGGACCGAGGAAUGGGGCCAGGCAGAGGAGGCAGGGGUGGUAUGAUGCCUGGUCAGCGUGGGGGAUUUAUGGGCAGAGGUGGAGGCCCUGUCCCCUUGAUGGACCUUAACUUCAAGGCAGGAAUGGACAACUUACAGGAGGAAGACAUGGAUGAAGAAGAGAUGGCUGAGGAUGAUGAAUGGAAGAUGGUGGAUGCAAGUGAAGCAUUUGGAGGUAAAACCUCAUUAUUAGGCCCAGGACCACAAGCCUCAAAAAAGCAGGGACCCCCACAAAGUACAGGGCCUGGACAGAAACCUGCAGGGCAAGAAUCUGCUAACCAGGCUAAACCUGGUGACAAGAAACCUGAUAUAACAUCUGGACCAGGUGCUAAGUCGACAGGUGAGACAUCUCCGACUAAAGCUGGAGGAAAGCCCGGAGACAAAGUAGAUGUCAAACCAGGAGAGAAACCAGGCGCAACACCAGCAACUAAGCCAGAUGACAAGUCAGACAAAACAUCAGGUGACAAACCUGGAGCCUCACCGGCCAAGCCAGGUGACAAACCUGGAGUCACACCAGCCAAGUCAGGUGACAAACCAGAUGCAGCCUCUAAACCUGGAGACAAAACUGACAAAGUGGGGGACAAAUCUGCAACAGAAGACAGCUCUGAAUUCGAAAGAGAAAAGAAAAUCCCAGGUUUGGGUGAUGAUGAUGAUGAGGUUGAUCCUUCAAAGGCUACUAGGACCAAUCGAGGUGUUGGGGACCUGCUAAAGGCUUUACAGGAAACUCCUCCUGAGAUGCCAGAGAAUACUGACUCACAGAACAUGGGUCCACGCCCACCAUUCCCUAGACAGGGACAGCCUGGUAUGGGGCCUGGCGCACAAGGCCCGCGAAUGCAGCAGUUCGGAGGGCCUAACCAGUCAGGGCCGUUUGGGAGGGGGCGUGGCCAAGGAUUUGAUCAGCAAGCAGGUGGCUGGCAGGGACCACCUGGAAGAGGUAGGGGCAGACCCGGUCAAGAAGAUGAAAAUCAAGGUUGGCAGGGACCCCCUGAAAGAGGUCGCGGAAGAGGUCAACAGGAUGAAUACCAACAAGGUUGGCAGGGACCCCCUGGCAGGGGUCGUGGAAGAGGUCAACAGGACGAGAACCAACAAGGUUGGCAAGGACCACCCCGGGGUAGAGGUCAACAGGACGAAAACCAACAAGGCUGGCAAGGACCCCCUGGAAGAGGUCGGGGUAGAGGUCAACAGGACGAGACCCAACAAGGCUGGCAAGGACCCCCUGGAAGAGGUCGUGGAAGAGGUCAACAGGACGAAAACCAACAAGGCUGGCAGGGACAACCUGGAAGAGGUCGGGGUAAACCAGGUCAGCAAGGUGAUGGCUGGCAGGGUUCUACUGGCAGAGGUAGAGGCAGACCUGGGGAGGAACAAGAGGAAGAAGACUGGCAAGGAUGGCAAACCGGCCAGGAAGGAGAAGACCAGCAGGGAUGGCAUCCUCCAGGUCGUGGUAAAGGCAGACCUGGGCAGGAAGGGGAAGAUCAACAGGGAUGGUAUGGUGAGGAGGAAGAGGACCAGGGUUGGGGAGGACAAGGAGAUGGAGAGGGUCAGUGGCCCAGAGGACCAGCCCGGGGAAGAGGCAGGGGCAGAGGUCGGGGUAGAGGUAGAGGCAGGACCGAGCAGGACUGGCAGGCUCCAGCCCAGGAGGAGGAGUAUGGAGGGUACAGAGGGGGACAGCCACCUCCUCCAUUCUAUGGUGAAGAACAGCAGCGUCUGGGUCAGGAUGAUCCAUACCGACGGGACGAGUAUGGAUACCCUGACAGAAUAGCUGACAGCCGACUAGAGGAUCGUUGGAGGGAUCGGCCGGGUUUACCCCCGCGUGACCCUUACGACAGAGGUUAUCCAGAUCCCUACCUUAGACGUGACCCUUACUAUCGUGACCCCUAUGACAGAGCAUAUCGGCCCCCUCUAGACCCUUAUGAUAGACAUCCUUACUAUGCUGAUCCAUACAGAUACGAUCGAGCGAGACCAUACUCACCACUUGGCCGUGAGAGGUCACUCGAGCGAGAUCCACUGCUGGACCGAGAACGGGGCCUUGACCGUGACAUAGACCGGUAUCUACCUGUUCGUGAUGUAGCUGACAGGCCCUAUGUUCCUCCAAUAGUCAUUGACCACUCCCACAAGUCUACAAACCUACAAGAUACAGAGACUGCAUUUAUUCCCCCACAAACAGUGAUAGACUAUGGUCACGGCCGCAGUGGUAGUGUAGAGGCUGAUACAGUUCCAGCUCCAGAUAAGGAAAGAGUAAUGAGAGAUUACAGGUAUGAUCAGGAAAGGAAUUCGCCAUCACUGCCGAGAGGAAGCCAGUCCGUCCACGAACCUAAGAUCGAGACGGUGAAGGUGGACGAUUUACUGGUAGCCCCUGGCCGGAACAGCAGGCCCCCACAGAUUGUCGUCAUCCUCCGGGGUUUACCUGGAGCUGGCAAAUCAUACGUCGGCAAACUCAUAAAGGAUAAGGAGGUACAACAUGGGGGCGGGGCCCCACGCAUGCUGUGUCUGGAUGACUACUUCAUGGUGGAGGUGGAGAAGGUCGAGAAGGAUCCUGAUACUGGUCGUAGGAUCAAGAAAAAGACCCUGGAGUAUGAGUAUGAGGCAGAGAUGGAAGAAAGCUACAGACAAAACAUGUUCAAGAGUUUUAAGAAGACAAUAGAUGAUGGUUUCUUUGCCUUCAUCAUCUUAGAUGCGGUCAAUGACCGAUGUAAACAGUUUGAGGAGUUUUGGAGUUAUGCUAAGUCCAAAGGUUUCCAAGUCUACAUUGCUGAAAUCCAAGGUGACCCAGCAACAUGUGCCAAACGAAAUACACACAAGCGAUCCUUAAAGGAAUUAGAAAAGAUUAAAAAGAAAUGGGAAAAUACACCACGUCAUUACCUACGACUGGAUAUUCGGACGCUCUUACAGGAGGUGUCCAUUACUGAGGUUGAAAUGGAAGAUGAAGUGCGCGAGACUGGUGAGAAGAGGAAAUCUACGGCAGGAGACGAGGAGGAUGAGGCUGUCGAUAAUAGAUUCGGAGGGGCAUACAAGAAAAGUCGCUGGGAGUUGGACACGUCAGAAGAACAUCUGGAUAAGUUAGAUGGUCUUCGUCAUGGAAAGCGAAAGCGGUCACCAGACCCAACAUCAAUGGAGGAUUUCUUACAGUUGGCAGACGACAUCAUGUCUCGUCCUUCUAUACCAGGAAAGAAAAGGGUUCAAUGGGCCGAUAUUGAGGAGCGUAAAAAUCAGUCUCGACGACGCGACAUUGGCUUCGUUGUUGGUCAAACACAGCAGGACUGGGAGAGAAUAACUGACCAUUCAUUUGCUGACCGCCAACUUAAUCGAACGAAAUACUUCUAAUGGCAUAAAUCUGUUAACACAAAGGUUGUGUUCCAAAUCUGACGUCUAUUCCGCUGAAUGCUGUAGAGAAAGACCUGCUCCCUAUAUCGAAGAUUUCAGUGAUGUGCAUAUUGCCAGCCGAUUUGUUUGGGAUAUUUAUUUAUAACAACCUUGAAGGACUAAUCAAAUUGUGGAUGGAUAAGACAAUCUGAUCAGUGCUUAACGGAAUAGACAUUUCAAAGAAUUGCAAUGCAGUUGUAGAUUUCAUUUUUUAUCAUAAGACAUUUAAUUAUAUCAUUAUGCUUCUGAUCGUGUUCUCAUUGUAAGUGGCGUCAUGUUUUAUUAUACAUAGUGUUGGAAGAAGGACAACAAAUGUCGAAUAUAAAUGAUCAUGUAAUUAUCAAUUUUAUCAUUUUAAAAUGUGUAGUUAUAUUCAUAUUGUAAAUUCAUUGUGUAAGUGUUAUGAAAUAAAGUCGAGCUGUAUCGUCCAGUUUUCGUCGACCCUCCCCUAUUGUUUUUAGUUUGUGUAUUAUUGCGUAGCCAGUACAGACUUUCUGUUGCAGUAGUGGUUUUGUCUCGUGCUUUUUGUGAUGCAUGGCCUUUUCAAAAAAGCCUUUCAUUUUAUAUGUUUAAUUUGAUGUUUAUUAAAACAUGUCACAAAAA